UGUUGUAUAAUUCGUGCUGUUGAAAAAUUAUUUGAAUGGGAUAUGGAAGAAAAUUGUAAAGGAAUGUGCCCAGACCGAAGCAAAUUGUAUUGUGAUACCUACCAGUCUUACAUUCAUCAGAUUCUCCUCAAUAUUCGCCAUACUUCAAUUAUAUCUAUGUGGAAUGAUAGAAUUAUUGAAAUGAAUAACCGAAAUAAAUUAGUACAUGGAAUUACCGAUAUAUGUAAUGAAUUGGCAAUCACAUUUAUAAAAAACGAGUAG